AUGACAAAAGCUGUGGCCGCAGUAAAGAGGGGGAUAUCUGUCUACAAGGCAUUGCACUUGUAUGGAAUUCCUCAGUCCACACUGAAGGACUAUACCAGAGGGCGUUACAGAGGGUUAGAUACUUCUUUUGGACGUACACCAAUAAUAACAUCAGAGGAGGAAGCAACACUUGUGUCCUAUAUACUUUACAUGUCUGAAAGAGGAUUUCCUCUGUCAAAGAAAAUGGUUCGAGACCUCACAAGAGAAGUAAUUAUGGCCACAGGUCGAAAUACUGUUAUAAACACCCAGAAAGGACCUUCAAACAAAUGGAUGAGGAAAAUCUUCAAAAGACACCCAGAACUUUCAAUUAGAAAUGCUCACAGCCUUGAUAGACCUAGAGCUUCUAUCACUAAUGGACGGUUAAAACAGUACUUUGAAUUGUUAGAUAAUACCCUGAAACGUUUGUCUGUCUAUAAUGAUCCCACGCGUAUUUUUGAUUGUGAUGAAACGGGUUUUAGUGGUAGUUAUUCAAGUUCUGAUAAGUCUGUUGUAGCCAAGAAAGGUGUAAGACAUGCUUUUCAAGUACAGCUGUCCUUGUCUGGUCAUGUCACCGUGAAUUUUGCAGUAUCAGCUUCUGGCUAG